UAGAUUACAUCGCAUAUCAAGUGUACUGAGCAAUGAUUCCGAGAAAGAUGUCCAUUGUGUAUUUGUUUACAUUUCCUCCAAGUUUCUGAGAAAAUCCGGAAUAAUUGCUUGUCAAUAUGUUUUGAACCGUCACAGGUACUUUACGUCGUUGGGAAACUUUAAUUUUUAACUACAGACGUGUAUAGCUUCGUUCUUGAAGCAGCAAAUAUUGCUUAAAGAAGAAAAUGCAAGUCAAUUGGAAGUCACAAUAUACAUAUUACUGGAGUGUUAAGGUUAACUAACUUGAGCAACUCGCGCCAACGGAGGCACCAGAAGUCUGAUCAAGCACUUUUAAUUCAUUCGGUCAUUUGGUCACGCUUUUAAAUAACGGUAGGCAUGUUUGGGUUUACGGGACAACUGACCUUGGAGGAGUAAACAUAUUUUUAGAAUGCUAACCGAAACAAUUUCACGAGACAUUCGAAAUAAACAACAAAGUAGUACAAAAUCAAUAUUCAAGAACUCGCUAAAACCUAAACAUCACUUUCCGUUGACGACUCUAAGCAAGGUUAAGCACAAACCCAAACACGACUAUUGAUGACGAAUAUCGUGCGAGAGUUAAGCCAUAUUACAAUGGUCGAGGACAAAUCACUGAAAAGGUAAAAAUAAAUGUGUGGUCUUGCAGCACAUGACAAACCAAGGGUCACAGGACUCUCACAAGGAUUUCAAGAUAAUCUAACAGGCCUAAACAAAUCCCAAACACUUAGUCAGAACAUUUCUAAAUUUAGUAGUUCCCAAACACUUCUAAUGUUGGUAAUUUAAUGGAAAGUGAUUAGCUGCCAAUAUACUACGCAAAUUUCCGAUUUUUAAUGCACGAGACAUAUUAAAUUCCGAAAGACACGUAAGGGCUUCCUUGAGAGCGGAAUCAAAACUGAUAACUUCACAAUCAGAGUUCCCCAACUUUCUCUUUCUCACGAAAGCGAAAUGCCAGAAUGACGCUCAAAUGACAUAUUUGGCUUGUGGUUGACAGCUAGAGCUUAACCGCACCAAUCAGGAACUGAAGACAAUGAUCUUUCUCGGAAACCAUAGAAAAUUAUUCAUCAUCCAGUAUUUCCUAAAACUCAUUGGGAAAUUUCCCUGUUGACUAGUUAAAAAAGUCGUGUCGAUUGAAAAUCGCAAUUCGUGGUUAUCUGAAGACAAGCUAACGUUCUUAUCCUUCUCAAAAGGAAUUUGCUUUUUAAGAGCUUGAUAGUAGGUUAUGGCAACCGGCGGAACAUCGUCACCAACUUCUGCUGGUCUUGGUGGACCCUCAGUGAUGGAUCUAUCGAAAGAAAAAACGAAUGGCACAAGGUUGGGAAGACUGAUUAUUGACGACGGAACAAAAGUUUUAAUGAAAUUCUUGCAUUCCAUGCAUCCAGAGUCAACCUUACAGAACGCAUUGAACAACAAUCGCCCAAAGCUCGAAGAGCUGAAACGAAAGCGAGUAAUAUUUGAUGAGCAAUGGGAUAAAUUGUUUCCUUCCUCAGGUAAACCGUCAGACUCGAAAGAAUUUGAUAUCACGCUUCUACACUUACUGCUUCGUGAAAUUUGUCAUCUAUCGGCUCCUUCGACUGGAUGGCACAAAAUGCCUGCCGACUCUGAUGCCAGCCCUGAAGCCAGCAUCGUGCGUAUCAAAUGCUAUAGAAAUGAGCUUUGCCACAGUGUGUCUACUGGAGUUCCGAAUGACGAAUUCGAAGACAAGUGGUACAAAAUAUGUUCGUCUCUAGAAGUACUCGAGAUUGCCGUCUAUCGGAAGAAACUUCAGUUCUUGAAGAGUGUUACCAUCGAUCACGAAGCUCAUUUGGUUGAAGAGGAACUCGAACAGUGGAGGAGGGAGAAAGAACUUGAGAUGAUUGGAAAAGUCUCUGAACUCUCCAGUUGUCUUCCUGAUGACUUGCCAGAAGAACAUAUCAUCGGCCGUGGUGAUCAAAUACAAGACAUCAAAGAAAAAGUUGAAAGUGGAACGGCUCCUGUAAUUCUGAUCACUGGUGGACCAGGAUUCGGAAAGACGACUGUAGCAAAGCGAGUGGCAUGUGAAUUAGCCAGACUACAAGAUCGAAGAACUGUUUUCUUUUGUAGCUUAUUAUCAAAGAAAACGUUUAACGAGGUAACCAUGGAAAUGUUUAAUUCAUGUAGUAAAGUAGUUAACAUGCAAGUGCUGGAGAAUCCGGGACAGUGGCUUAAAGACUGGAGUAAACAGAUCCAUAACCAGGUCACUUUUGUUCUUGACAAUGCAGAUGGUGUUCUCGAGUCUGACGAUCGUGAACUAUUUCUUGAAACCUUACGUGAUGUGAGAAAGUUAUCGCGACGAAAUGUCACAUUUGUAAUCACUGCGAGAACAACAUUUGAAAAUCCCGACUUGCCGUUAAAAGAGGUUAGGCUACCCCCGUUGUCGACUGAACAAGCCAAAAAUCUCCUUGUUUCUCGGCUUCGCUCUUAUAAACAGGAUGUUCAACACGAGCUAUGCAAAGCAGAACAACUUGUCAAAUUAUGUGGCUGUGUUCCCCUGGCACUGUGCAUUGUUGGAUCUCUGCUCUCAGAUUUCACGGAAGAAACACUCAUCAAAAACCUCGAGAGAGAACCACUGGCUGUCCUCGAGGACGAUCAUGGAUCUGUAGAAAAGGCAAUAAAGACGUCUUUCGAUCUUCUGACAGAAGCUGAACGAGAAGCCUUUGUUCUUAUGUCCACUUUUCAAGGUUCGUUCAGCUCAGUCGCUGCUGAGGCUGUUAUGAAAGCAUGCUCUAUCCCUGGAAUUUGGCCGAUCAAGAUUGUUCGUUCCUUGAAGAGAAAAUCGCUCAUAGAGCAGCCAAGUUCCCGAAGAUAUCAGAUGCAUCCACUCAUUCACUCGUAUGCAAGGAAGACCGGUCUAGAAAAUGAUCCCGACCUUUUAGCUGGAGGGGAAAAAUUGGCCUGUGUCCACUUCAUUUCUUGUCUAGCGAACAAUGCCAACAUGUACUGGAGAAAGGACAGCUGCAAAGAGUCUCUUGAUUUAUUUAACGAGGACAGGGACAAUUUCGAGUACUUUUUACACAUCUACGCUCAGAGAAGGAAGGACCAGGAUGAGAAAAUCGCGGAAUGCUCUGAGACCUUUUUGGAAAGUUUUCCACAGAAGUGCAUGUAUUUGCAGAAGUGUCUCCCUCCAAAGAUCUACGCUGAUAUCCUUGAACAGUUACUGGACACGUUUGACUCAGUUCUUGAACCGGUAAAC